AUGGCAGCGCCGCUGCGGGCGGCCCUGGCGCUGGGGCUGCUGGCGGCCGCUCAGCCCGCACCGGCCCCGGCUCAGCGGCGGCAGGCGGAGCUCUUCCUGGAGAAAUAUGGCUAUUUCAGGGAGCAGGGGGCCGGCACACACAGCCCAGCCGAGUUCAGCAAGGCGCUGAGGGAUUUCCAGCGUGUGACCCACCUCCCUGCCAGCGGGGUGCUGGAUGCCCGCACCCUCCGUCAGAUGGCCCUGCCCAGGUGUGGCACGGAUGACGGGCACGGCCGCGCUGCCCCCGCCCGGCGCCGCCGGCGCUCGGCACAGCACGGAGGGCGGUGGCCGAAGCGGCAGCUGACGUACCGCGUGGUGAACCGGCCGCCGUACCUGCCGCAGCACGGCGUGCGCCUGGCCGUGCGCGCCGCCUUCCAGCUCUGGAGCAACGUGUCCUCCCUGCUCUUCUGGGAGGCGCAGGAUGGUCCUGCCGACAUCCGCCUCACCUUCUUCCACGGCGACCACAACGACGGACUCAACAACGCCUUCGACGGGCCAGGCGGUGCCCUGGCCCACGCCUUCCUGCCCCGGCGAGGAGAAGCUCACUUUGACAGCGCUGAGCGCUGGUCCCUGCACAGUGGCAAGGGCAGGAACCUGUUCAUCGUGGUGGCCCACGAGGUGGGGCACACGCUGGGGCUGCAGCACUCGCCCGUCAAGAGCGCCCUCAUGUCACCCUACUACAAGAAGCUCAGCAAGGAUUUUGUCCUCAGCUGGGAUGACAUCUUGGCCAUCCAGAGUUUGUACGGAAAGCCCUCCAAGGGCUCGGCCAUCCAGCUCCCAGGAAAGGUCUUCACUCACUUCCAGGACUGGAACACGGACCUUUACAGCAGGGACCGGCAGCAGAGGAGCCUCAGCACCUAUUACUGCCACUCCUUCUUCGAUGCCAUAACCUCUGACGGGGAUCACAACCUCUACAUCUUCAAGGGCAGCCACUACUGGGUGGUGUCAGGCAGUGGCAAUGCCAGCGAGCCCCAGGCUCUGCAGCCGCGCUGGCCCGGCCUCCCCGGCGGCAUCGACGCCUGCGCCUGGUCCCAGAGCACGGGCAAGUUCUACUUCUUCAAAGGUGGCCGGUGCUGGCGCUACGCUGGCUCCCAGCUGGACGCGGGAUUCCCCCGCAAAUGCAGCGCCCUGGGGCUGCCCCGGCACCCGGACACCGCGCUCUACUUCCAGCAGCUCCGGCGCCUCGUGGUCUUCAAGGGGCCCAAGUACUUCGUGCUGGGCGAGGAUCCCAUGGCCGUGGAGCCCUAUUACCCCCGGAGCCUGCGGGACUGGGCAGGGCUGCCCCCGGGCACCGCCGGCGCCCUCGCCCACCGCGACCGCGCCCUCUACUUCUUCAGGGACGAUCAGUUCUGGAAAUUCGACCAGGACAAGCUGCAGGUGGUGGCCACCGGCAAAUGGGCCACGCAGCUGGCCUGGAUGGGCUGCUGGGAUGCCAACAGUGAGCAGGUGCUGUUCUGAGGAAAGGGGGUCUGGACGUCGCCUGGAUCCUCUGGGUGUGACUCUGGUUCCUGUCUGAUGGUUGGGCAGGGACUGGCUGCCCAUGGGUGCUGCUGUGGGAUGGUGCAGCAGUGACCCAGCAGAGCUGGGACAGAGCCAGGUGUGCCACGGCCAGAUGUGCCACAGCCAGAUGUGCCCAUAGCCAGGUGUGCCACGGCCAGAUGUGCCCAUAGCCAGGUGUGCCAUAGCCAGAUGUGCCCACAGCCAGAUGUGCUACGGCCAGGUGUGCCACAGGCGUGUGGCCUGCAGGCUUUGGGACAAUAAUUUUUAUAACAGACCACAGAAAAGAAGUAUCAGCCAUGGAGACUGCAAACACAUUUCUCUUCACUUUCAGGAUGUGUGCCACUUGCAGGUGUUCCACGGCCAGGUGGCCUGCAGGCUUUGGGACUGUAUUCUUCCUUUUAAAAGACCACAGAAAAAUGUAUCAGCCAUGGAGACUGCAAACACAGCCAUUUCUGUUCAUUUUCAGGAUGUGUGCCACAGCCAGAUGUGCCAUGGCCAGGUGGCCUGCAGGCUUUGGGACUGUAUUUUUUUAUAACAGAGCACCAAAAAAAAAGUAUCAGCCAUGGAGACUGCAAACACAUUUCUGUUCACUUUCAGGAUGUGCCACAGUCAGCUGGCCUGCAGGCUUUGUAUGUUUUAUAACAGACCACAAGAAAAAAAUGUAUCAGCCAUGGAGACUGCAAACACACCCAUUUCUGUUCACUUUCAGGAUAUUGUUACACACGUUUUUCAAUCCAGGACUGGGGUUUGGUGAUACUUUUUUAUAUCUUUGUUGAUACUUGUUGAUAUCUGUCAUUUUCCCACUAUCAGGGACACAGGAUCAGGGAAUUUCUGACUCCCUGGGCCCCACCCGGGUGAACAGGGGUGACAAAUGGCUGUGGGAGGAGGGGAAGAGGAGAGGUGAGCAGGACAGAGGGACGUGUCUGUGCAUGCAGGCUGCAGGGACAGUGUGGCUGCACAUUCCUCAUUCCUUCCCCAAGGCAGGCUCCCCACCUGGAAACGCCUCUGGCUCCUGGGCAGGGUCACCAGUUUGCAAAGGGCCCUAAGUGUCCCAGGGCUGGGGAUGGAGCUCAGCUUCCCAGGGCUGGGAUUCUGAGGCUUUGCUGCUGGGCAAGACAGGCCUCAGCUUUAUUAAUUGAUUUAUUGAAGCCAUUUGUGCAGUGGUUCUGCCGGAGCUCAGAGCCCAGCCCUGCUCUGGUCCUGCUGUGCUGCCAGGGUGCUGUGCUGGGUGACACACCAGGGUGCUCUCCUGAUGCCAGCAGCUUCAGGGAUUCCUCUUUCCCUCAUCUUUGCCAUUUCUAGACUUUCUCUGCAGAGCAGGGCUUGCUCUAAGCAGGGCAAGGGGUUUCAGUGGUACCCAGUGCCAGCUGAGCUGUGGGUUUGGCAGGAUGGGGAGCCAGCACUCCUCCCAUUCUCCAUCACAUUUGUGCUGAGCCCUUCAUGUGCAGACACACACACAGGGGCUUCAUCUGCCCAAAACCUCAUUUCCACAUUUCCAGAGAAACUCACAUUUCCAUAGGAACUGAAUGACAAUCAGGUGACGUGGCCUGCAGGGAGUCCCAAGGGCUUGGAGACCUGACAGCAAAUAAAACCAACCUCUGGA